AUGGAUACAGAAACAAGGGUACAGCUUUGGCUAAACACACAUUUGGAGCAGCGACAUGGAACUGCAAGUAUCAAAAAGGCUGUGCCUGCUGUCAAAACACAAGCAGUAUUCACCUAUGGAUUGGAGUCAGCACCUGAGGAGCAACCAGUUUCCCACAACGUCGUUGACAAACCUGGCGUUAUCGACCAUGAUUAUCCAAUAGAAGGAGAGCUCCUAGAGAUAAUCGUUCACCACAUCUUUUCACAUUCCAUUCUUCGACCGGUUCGGGGGUUUCUAAUACGCUACAUUCGGGAACAGACCGCUAUCAAGCCAAUUUGUUCAAACCCUUCACUCGAGGUUAUUGCCGACUUACCCUCUAUGCUCUUCAGCACUUUACCACUGUUAAUUUCGAUUUGGACUUUGACCAGCUAUUGUUGGAUCCCACUCUGUGGGCUAAUGAUGUGGGAGCGUAUGGGGUCUGAUGUCAUAUACGGAUUCCUGUGCCGGAUCUUGAAGGGACUCGAGUGGAUGGUGAAUCUCAUGAAAGGAGUAUACGAGAUCACUACCACGAUGAAUAACCCUGCCGUUAUAUCAACAGGAGCUCGGCGAGUAUUGCCGUGGGCAGACGGGCAAACGAUCGACGAGGGAGCACUGGGGAGUCUUCUGUACCCUCACUGCGGGAACUCCUAG